UAUUCUCACAGGACCUUGACAUUUGUACUCUCAUUUCUCAUUACAAUAAACCAUCAUCAAUUCCAUUAUAUUGUACUACCAUGCACCAUCAUCACCAUCAUAUAUCUUAAACCCUUUUAACUUCUUUUUUCAUUUUUUUCCCCAUUCACAUUCAGACACACACACACCUAUUCUUGAUUCUCCAAACCCUCUCACUCACCUUAACAAAACCCUAACCCCCCAAAGUUCCAACCUUUAACCCUGACCAUCAUCAUCACCAAGCCAUGGACUUUAACCCCACCACCCCCACCACAACCCCAACCCCAACCCCAGAUACAGAUGCUGAAACCCCACCACAAACCCAGCCUUUCAAGUCCUUAUCUUUCACCAAUGGCUCACUCAAACGCCACCACCCUCUUCCACUCCCACCACAACCAAAACCACAGCAAGAACCACCCAUGUUAGUGUCCUACAAAGAAUGCCUCAAAAACCAUGCUGCAACAAUGGGUGGUCUUGCUCUUGAUGGUUGUGGUGAGUUCUUACCUUUACCCAAUGCCACUCCUUCUGACCCAACUUCACUAAAAUGUGCUGCUUGUGGUUGCCACCGCAACUUUCACCGCCGUGACACUGACAGUGUCCCUAAAGUUCUCAACUUUCAUCAUCAACUCAAGCUUUCCUCUCCAAGCUCAAGCCCAAGCACAAGUACAAGCCCAGUAAGGUCACCACCACCAGUCUCACACUUACCACCAUCACAAUACUACUACUCAUCGCCCUCAUCCUUACCACAAAUGUUGCUAUCUCUAAGUGCUGCAGCUGAGCCCUCCUCAGAGAACCCACUUGGGAAAAAGAGAUUCAGGACCAAGUUUACACAGGACCAGAAGGAGAAGAUGUUUGCGUUUUCUGAGAAAUUGGGUUGGACAAUGCAAAAGUGCAAUGACGGUUUGGUGGAGGAGUUUUGCAAUGAGGUUGGGAUUGAUAGGAAGGUCCUCAGGGUUUGGAUGCACAACAACAAGAGCACUUUGAGGAAAAAAGAGAUGGGUUUGCUUGGUCAUAAUAGCACUGUCAGUGAUGGUACUGCUACUUUUUGCUGCAAGAAAGAGAUUGAUUACAGUGCUAAUCUUCAUGUUUCUGCUAAUGGGUCUGCUCCUUCUUCUUGAUUUGAUGAGAGAAAAACUGAAAAAAGUUUGUAACUUUUUAAUUUUUUUUUUUUUUUUUUUUUUUUUUGGCUUUUUUUUCUGAUUAGUAGUACUGAUUACUCACUGUUGAUGUUGGAGAAGAUGAACAAGAGAGAGAGAGAGUAGAUAACAAUUAAAAGGACUAAUUUUUCUUAGUAUGAUUAAUUGGUCAGUUAAUGGAGGUUUAAUUAGUUUCUAUGAAUGGCUAGACUGAGUAUUGGUUUCA